GUAGGUAGUCCGCGAGAAAUCGUUCUGCUAGAAACUAGUUCCCGCGGAACCGUUUUUUGAAAUUCGUUUUUCUUCGUUCUCAUAUAAACUGAAAAAUUAAGUGCAUCAAUGCAGAGUUACGUUUGAAUUGUUUGUGCUUUAUUUCAUCUCUCUGUAUUCGCUACAAGAAAACAAAUACUAUCGGUUUAGUAAGUAGAAAUGUACGACAACUACGCUGUUUACGUCCAGGAUGUGGUCAAGAAUUAUGGAAGCAAAGAAGUAUUGAAAAAAUUGUGCAUGAAAGUAGACAGGGGAUCGAUUUAUGGUCUGCUAGGAGCAAGCGGUUGUGGUAAAACCACCCUGCUGAGUAGUAUAGUGGGAAGGAAAAAGAUCGAUGGGGGUGAAAUCUGGGUUUUAGGAGGAAAACCUGGUGAACCAGGUGGUGGUGUUCCAGGACCAAGAGUGGGUUAUAUGCCUCAGGACAUAGCUCUUGUGGGGGAAUUUACAGUAAAGGAUGCCGUCUUCUAUUUCGGACGAAUCUUCAAUAUGGACGAGAAAUCGAUUAAUGAAAGAUAUCAUCAACUACACAACUUACUCGAACUACCACCAGACGAAAGAUAUUUGAAAAACUGUAGCGGAGGCCAGCAAAGAAGAGUAUCUCUUGCUGCAGCCCUGGUGCAUAGCCCCGAGCUGCUUAUCAUGGAUGAACCUACAGUCGGCGUAGACCCAGUUCUAAGAGACAGGAUUUGGAAUCACCUGGUAGAGAUCACGACCAAAGGGAUGGUAUCUGUGAUAAUAACCACGCAUUACAUAGAAGAGUGCAGGCAGGCGCAUAAGAUUGGUUUGAUGCGAGAAGGUCGACUUUUAGCCGAAGAAUCUCCGAACAGGUUGCUCUCUAUCUUCAACACGGAUACACUGGAAGACGUGUUCCUCAUACUCAGCAGGCGACAAGAAGAAGGACGGCUGGACGAGUUAAAUUAUCCUGUUGCCGACGAUCAAAAUAAUUCUGUUGUUGCGCACGCACCCUCUACGACUAGCAUAGCUACUUUCGACAUCGCUCACGGCUCCACAGAUAUGCUGACCAAAGAGAAAAAGCGCGUUAAAGGAGGAGAUACACUUAAUAAAAGUAGACUGAGGGCAUUAAUGGAUAAGAAUUGGAAGCAAUUCUACAGAAAUGUUACGGGUAUCAUAUUUUUGUUGACUUUCCCGAUCAUUCAAAUUACCAUCUUCAUGAUUGCCAUCGGUGGGGACGUGAGGGAUAUCCCACUGGCUAUAGUUAAUGAUGAAACCAUGACCACCCAUUGCCCAGAUUUUGACCCAAACGGAACGGCCAUUCCCUACAGUUUCAGCUCGUGUCACUUCAGUAACAUGAGCUGUAGGUUUUUGACUCACCUUGAUCACCCUAUGAUAACCAAGGUUCAUUUUAAUUAUCUGGAAGACGCAAUCGAGAGUGUCAAGCACGGGAAAGUCGUUGGUGUUCUUUAUAUAGCGCAAAACUUCACAGCCUCGGCCGAGGAGAGGAUAGAAAAGGGCAAAGAUAUAGACGACGAGGUGCUAGAUUUUAGCGAAAUUAAAGUUUGGUUGGAUAUGUCAAAUCGGCAGGUCGGAGCAACAGUAAAGUACAAGUUGAUCGACUUGUACAUAGACUUCCAGAAUGCAAUUUUUGAGGAUUGCCACUUCAUACCCGGUUUAGGGGACUUCCCGGUGCGCAUGGACUUUUAUUUUGGAACAAAAGACGACACGUUCGUGACUUACAUGACCCCCGGCAGUUUAAUAACUAUAAUAUUCUUCAUGGGUGCCAUCAUGACGUCUCAAAUAAUUAUAACGGACAGACACGAUGGGGUUUGGGACAGGUCCAUAGUUGCAGGAGUCACGUCCCUGGAAAUAACCCUCACCCACUUCAUCCUGCAGGCCUCCAUUUUAGUGAUUCAGGUCUUCGAGAUGUUGAUAGUUGUUUACGCAAUUGUUCAACAGAAUUAUGUCGGGUACAUGUGGCUCAUAUAUUUCAUCGUCUUCCUGCAAGGCCUAUGUGGAAUGUCUUACGGAUUUUGGGUCUCCGUUAUAAGUGUCAACCAUUCUAUGGCUAAUACAGUGUUGACAGGAAUAUUUCUUCCAAUGAUGAUGCUCAGCGGUUUGAUGUGGCCAACCGAAGGUAUGCCACCCGUACUGAGAAUACUGGCUAAAUGCUUACCGUUUACGCUUUCAAUAGAAUCACUUAGGAACGUCGCCAACAAAGGGUGGAACAUUUCCCAUUUGCAAGUUUUGCACGGAAUUGGAGUGGGCGCCUUUUGGUUGAUAUUCUUUGGUGUUGUCAGUGUUUACUUGAUUAAAAAUAAACGAUAAAUUUUCAUAAGUUUUCUGUAUUAAUAGAUUAGUAGUAAAUUCA